ACUGCUUCCUGCAGUUCUGCAAAUCCCAUUGGGGAGUCGGCUUCAAUGUGAGCAUCGGGCAGAUCGUCAAAAUAAGUCAUGUCUCAGUAUUCAGGAAAAAUUGUUUUCUAUGAGGGCAAAUGCUUCACAGGCAAAAAGUUGGAGGUCUCUGGGCCCUGUGACAACUUCCAGGAACGGGGCUUUGCUAACCGAGUCAAUGCCAUCUGCGUACAAACCGGAGCUUGGGUCUGCUUCAGUCAUACGGAUUUCCGAGGCCAGCAGUACAUCCUGGAGCAUGGCGAAUACCCCAGCUUUUAUCGCUGGAAUGGGCACAAUGACCGGAUGGGAUCAUGCAAGCCGGUUGGAAUGCAUGGGGAGCAUUACCGAAUAGAAAUCUACGAAGGGAAAUACUUCAGUGGCCGCAGCCAGGAAUUCACCGAAGACUGCUCUUUCUUGAGUAGGCAAGGCUGGUCCAAGGACUGGAUCAAUGCCAUCAAAGUCUAUGGGGAUGGAGCGUGGGUGUUAUAUGAGGAACCCAAUUAUCGUGGCCAAAUGUACGUUGUUGAAAGGGGGGACUACAGUAGCUGCAACGAAUGGCAAGCACCCAGCGCAACCAUCCAGUCCUUCAGAAGAGUCAUCAACUAUUUUUAACCCACCGCCAGGUGAAAAACUUAACCCUUGAACCUUCCUAAGCUCAU